AUCUACUGCCGCUGACUCGUCCGUCGUCCGUGCCGCAAUAUUCCCUCCAAAUGUGUUGGUAAAGUCGUGUAGUCAAAAAGUGCAAAAUUUUUUUUUUUUAACCGCGAUUUGACUAUGACGUGAGUAACACAAAUACUAAAUACCAAAGUGCUGCACGAUAAUCAAAUAUAUUUACAAAGACCGCCACAGUGGUUCAGGAGCAUUCGAUUAUGGACAGAUAGCUGAAUAUUAUACGUCUCUGUGCGAACCAACAUGCCGGGCCCGAGAAGGUUUAGUAGUGGAGGAGUAGGCGGAGGAAGCCAAGCGUGGGAAAUGGGUGAACGACGAUAUUCUGUAGCCGGUAUAGAUCCUCAUUUAAGCCACCAUGCGGUCACGUCAAUGGGACCACCAGCAUCUGAAGAUCUUCACGCUUGGAGUAUUUACAGGCAAAAUUUAAAUUCUGAUUUCACGGACUCUGCUCUCGGGUCGAGUGAGAAAUCCCCCCUUCCAUAUGGUAACUUUCAGUUACGCGAAUCUACUGUGCAGUCCAUACUCAGCCAUCCACGAUAUGGUCCAAAAUAUGAUGUACACAAAUCGCCUCUGAGUUCGAAUAUGUACACAUACCUCAAAUUUGGCUUACCUAGAGUAUUUCCACCCAAUAGUCGCAGGGAUGGAUCCAGUGGUUAUGACUCAAGCGAGGAUGGAGCAGCUAUACGCAGCCAAAGACCUUAUACGAGAACCAGAAGUGAUCCGGACUUUUGCAAUCACGCACUUUAUCACGGCGGGCCUACUUUACAAAGAAAUCAUCCAGGUCGUCGAGGGAAAAGUAUAAGUGAAGCUAAUUUACUUGCACCUCAUGGAUAUCCUAUUCGACAAGAAAUGCCAACAAUGCGGAGAAGCGUACAUGACUUGCGAGCAUUAUCUGAAAUGAAUCAUCAUCAUCAUCAUCAUCAUUACACUAAUCCAGCACAUCAUUAUAGUUCUCAUCAUUUAACUAGUGGUCGGCCAGCUUCCAUAGCGGUUGUCGGUACAACAGCUACUACACCUAGAGAUAGAAGUAUUAGUAUGAUGAGCAAUUUAAGUCCAAAUCGGUCAGACAUUUACGGACAACCUGCAAUUGUUUAUCCAUAUCUUCAGGUAAGGGGACUAGAAGUACCUGGAAGUUCAGAUGGAAAAAGGCCAAAAAUCCAAGGGAUUUCGUUUGAAGUUCAAGCUGGUGAAGUAAUGGCUUUUAUGAUGACGUCUGAACGAGAAGGAGAAGCUCUUUUAAGUAGCCUUGCAAACCGCCACCCAUGUCAUGUACAGCAUAUAUUGCUUAAUGGCCAAAAUAUUUCUAUUUCUUCAUUUUCUAAACAUAUUGCUUAUAUACCUGCUGAAGCUAAAUUAGCUCCUAAUUUAAGUGUAGCACAAACUUUAGCGUUUUAUUCUCAUUUACGUAAAGCUCCUGUUCGUGCCAUACCAAAAGUAUCUCAAACCGACCAAAUGGGAGUACUUAUUGAAGAAUUGGGUCUAGGACAAGUUUUAAAUACCAAUGUUUCUGAACUAACUGCCUCUGAAGCUCAAAGAUUAAGUGUAGCAUGCCAUUUAAUGUCUGACGCAGAAAUUAUAAUGCUUGACAGGCCAACAGUAACAAUGGAUAUAUUCGACACGUUCUUUCUAGUCGAGUUUCUUAGACAAUGGGCGGCUGGUGCACCAACUGGUGUAAAUCCACGUAUCGUAAUGGUGACACUGCAGCCACCUACUUAUGAAAUAUUUACUAUGGUUUCAAGAGUUGCAUUAAUAUCAGUCGGCCACUUAAUGUAUUCUGGUCGACGUAGAAAUAUGUUGCCAUAUUUUUCAUCGGCUGAUUAUCCGUGUCCAGCAUUCAAAAAUCCUUCUGAUUAUUAUCUUGACUUAGUCACGCUAGAUGAUUUAUCAGCAGAGGCCAUGUUAGAGUCAAGUCAACGAGUAGAACAGCUUGCGGAUUUAUUUAGAAGAAGAGUCGAACCUUUACCAGACCCUGGACCACCAAAACCUUUGCCAGGCAAACCACGAACUGCAAUUGUGCCAAUACAAAUCGUUGCCAUAAUAUUACGUCACAUGGCGUAUUCACAGCCCAGGAGUAGUUUACGAUGGGUUUCUAGGUUUUUCAUUGCAGGUAUAAUGUCUAUAAUUUUUGGCACAAUAUUUUCGGAUAUUCCAGCUACGGAUCCUCAACUUUCAUUUGGUGAUAGAAUGGGAUUCUAUUACAGUAUUAUGAUAGUAGGAGCACUACCACUCAUUUUACAAAUUGCAUUGUAUGAUACUCAUGGAAAUGAUCGUGAUUCUAUAGAAAGUGAUAUUGCUGAUAAUUUAUACAGUCGAUUUGUAUACAUCGUAACAUCUAUUUUCUGCAGUAUCCUUCCCUCUGCUUUAAUUUGGAUAGUAUAUUCUGUGCCGGCAUAUGCUAUGUCUGCUCUCUACCAUGAUAAUGAUGUAUACAACACGGAACCGUUUUUUACAUACUUAUUGAACGUUGCAAUUCAUAUGAGUUCACUGCAGUUAAUGGCAACAGCGAUAGGAUAUCUGAUGCCUGACCGUCUCAGUUCAUCUGUAUUAACAACCAUUACUGUUCUUGUAUCCGGCGUUGUAAGUGGUAUACAGCUCAAUUUUUCCGAUCUUAAAAAAAUACCUGGUGCACGAUUUUUUUCGACUUUAUCACCGACUAGGUAUUUUAUGUUGCCAUUAUUAAAAAAAGAUCACAGUAUCGACACUCUCUCUUCACUCGCUUCGACCCUGGUGUGUCGCAACAAACAGAUCCAACAUCAAGACAUAAUUGUACAAUUACCAUGCCCAAUCCCGAAUGGUACUGCAGCCUUAAUUCACCAUGGUUUACUGUCACCGGCGGUGGAACCUUAUGCUAUAUUCCCCAACAAGGAUUCAUUAUCAGUCGGCCUCUAUUUAUGGGGAUUUUUCGCUUUAAUAGUUAUAAUUUUCUUCAUAAGUAUAAGUAAAUUUUGUAACAGGUUUCACAAAGUUUCUCGCCCACAAAGAUAACUGAAGAUUAUUAUUAAAAUGUUAACUUUUAAGUUUAUUUACAAAAAAUUAUAUAUUUACCGAAAACAAAUUUUGUGUGAAAGUACGAGGUAUUUUCUAUAUAAUUUUAUUUAUAAUAUAUAUAUUAUAUAUAUAUAUAUUGUUAGAGCUACUAUAAAUAAUUAAAUAUUUUAUCAAAUUCGUAAAUAUACGUGAUAUAAAUGUUAUGACAGAUAAUUCGUCAUUUUUAUGUUAUAUAUUUAUAUUAUUGUGUCAAGUCAAGUGCUAGAUCAAAUUAAAAUGUACAACGAAUAGUUAUAUUAAUUAUACAGUAAUAUUGUAUGUAUCAUGUGUAUAAUAUAUUAUAUAUCUGUAAAUUAGGUAAAUAAAUCCUACAAACUAGAAUUAAAAUGAUUGACAAUAAUUUCUUUCGUUUAAAUCGCUCAAUU